GUAAUCCUAAAUACCUGUGUGACCUCAGAUACUUUUUUUCUUUUUCCAAGCUUUAAUUUAUUUGUAAGUUAAUGGGUGGGCAAAAAGAAUUGCUUUUAAGAUGUUUUCCAUUUCCAAUGAGUUGAGAUUGGGAAAGGUCAGGGUCAAGGUCAGUGGCCCCAGGAUCGGGGGUCUAUCUAAAUUAACUGUCUGUGAGCCUCCAAACGUCCCUCACUUUACAGCCGCAGGCUUCAGAGGCCAGGUGUGGGAAGACCCCCGGAAGUGUUUUUCCCCCCAGGGGCCGGGUUAACCAGAGACUGUAGGAGCGGGUAGCGUGGACCAGGCGGACGGUGAUCACAAGCAAAGAAGCUCUGCAUUUCGCAGCGAACAAGAUCUGGCUCAAAUAACGCCAUGCGUUAUAUAACGUUUAUAAACUAGUCGAGGCUUGAGGAUAUUUGGGUGGAAGGGUUGGACGUCAAGGACAAAAUGAAUGAAUCACAAGUGCUCGAACAUGCCUUUUCCCUCUUCCCCGCCCCCGCUCGAGUUUCUCUUUAGUAUCACUUCAGGGACUUCAUACUGUCGCCAGGUCAGUAAGGACGAAGAAAGAACGAAUUAACCCACGCCCCAGGAAGCCUUCCUGGCAGCCACGUAAUACCCGAUAGUCACAUGCUCUUCUUUUUUCUCCAUUGCCCAAGGCUCUCUCCUCCUCCCCACCUUCCUCUCCCCGCCCCCACAGUAUGGUCUGGAGAGACAAACGGAAGGAGAAGCCGCGUUCUCCCGGCCAUGCGCCCUCCCAUAUCCGGCUUCUCGCCCGGUUCCCCCGCCCCCCUACCGGAAGCCCGAAGCGGCCCGCUAGCCCCGCGCUCUAGCGGGCUCUCGGUGGCUGUGGCAGAGCCGCAGGAUGGGGGACAAGAUGGCGGAAGAGGAGUUCCUCAAUACAACCCAUGAGGGUCCCAAUAUAACUUUACAUACCACUCUGGCCAUCACCACCAAGCUGGUGCUUCCAACUCCUGCCAAACCCAUCCUCCCAGUUCAGACUGGAGAGCAGGCUCAGCAAGAGGAGCAGUCCAGUGGCAUGACUAUAUUCUUUAGUCUGCUUGUUUUAGCAAUUUGCAUCAUAUUGGUGCAUUUAUUGAUCAGAUACAGACUACAUUUUCUGCCAGAGAGUGUUGCAGUUGUCUCUCUAGGUAUUCUCAUGGGAGCAGUUAUAAAAAUCAUAGAAUCUCAGAAAUUGGCAAAUUGGAAGGAAGAAGAAAUGUUUCGGCCAAAUAUGUUCUUUCUUCUCUUGCUUCCUCCUAUCAUAUUUGAAUCAGGAUAUUCAUUACAUAAGGGUAACUUCUUUCAGAAUAUUGGUUCCAUCACCCUGUUUGCUGUAUUUGGCACAGCAAUUUCAGCUUUUAUUGUAGGUGGAGGAAUAUAUUUUCUAGGUCAGGCUGAUGUCAUUUCUAAACUCAACAUGACAGACAGCUUUGCAUUUGGCUCAUUGAUAUCUGCUGUUGACCCAGUAGCUACUAUUGCUAUUUUCAAUGCACUUAAUGUGGAUCCAGUUCUUAACAUGUUAGUUUUCGGAGAAAGCAUUCUCAAUGAUGCAGUUUCUAUUGUUCUGACCAACACAGCCGAAGGCUUGACAAGAAAAAAUAUGUCCGAUGUCAGUGGGUGGCAGACUUUUCUACAAGCCCUUGGUUACUUCCUUAAGAUGUUCUUUGGCUCAGCUGCACUUGGCACUCUAACAGGGCUAAUUUCUGCACUAAUAUCCUUUGAAAGCAUAUUGAAGCAUAUUGAUUUAAGGAAGACACCUUCCUUGGAGUUUGGGAUGAUGAUUAUCUUUGCAUAUCUUCCUUAUGGGCUUGCAGAAGGCAUCUCCCUCUCAGGUAUCAUGGCCAUCCUAUUCUCUGGUAUUGUGAUGUCACAUUAUACACACCACAACCUUUCCCCAGUUACACAGAUCCUAAUGCAGCAAACCCUACGAACUGUUGCCUUCAUGUGUGAAACAUGUGUGUUCGCAUUUCUUGGCCUGUCCAUUUUUAGUUUUCCUCACAAGUUUGAAAUUUCUUUUGUCAUCUGGUGCAUAGUACUUGUGCUGUUUGGUAGAGCUGUGAACAUUUUUCCUCUGUCCUACCUCCUAAAUUUCUUCCGUGAUCAUAAAAUCACUCCCAAAAUGAUGUUUAUCAUGUGGUUUAGUGGUUUACGCGGAGCAAUUCCAUAUGCCCUGAGUCUUCAUUUGGACCUGGAACCCAUAGAGAAACGGCAACUCAUUGGGACAACUACCAUUAUCAUUGUGCUCUUCACCAUUCUGCUGCUCGGAGGAGGGACAAUGCCCCUUAUUAGACUGAUUGACAUUGAAGAUUCAAAAGCCCGAAAAAGAAAUAAGAAGGAUAUCAAUCUCAGUAAAACAGAAAAAAUGGGUAACACCAUUGAGUCUGAACAUCUUUCAGAGCUCACAGAAGAAGAGUAUGAAGCUCACUACAUCAAGCGUCAGGAUCUCAAGGGCUUCAUGUGGUUUGAUGCAAAAUACCUAAAUCCUUUUCUCACCCGGAGGCUCACCCAAGAGGAUUUGCAUCAUGGACGAAUUCAGAUGAAAACUCUUACCAACAAAUGGUAUGAAGAAGUGCGCCAGGGACCAUCUGGCUCAGAGGAUGAUGAGCAGGAACUGCUCUAAUGCAGAAGAGGCUCUAGGACAAUUACAAAUGAGAUUACCACCAUUGAGAUUUUUAGUCAUGUACAAGGUCUGAUGCUAAAAGCUGUAAGAAACCUUGAAGCUUAUGCCUCCCCGGAGGCAGCCCUGUAUGUAAGUAUGCUGCACAUACAGAUACUGUUAAGUAUGACCUCCUCUAGAUGAACUAGUUUUGUUUAUAAUUGCUGUGGUAUGUAAGAAUAGCUAAGUGGCUUAAAAAAAGUGAAUGAUGGAUUUUAAGCUAGAAUUUCCCAGACCUCCAAGCCAAGAUGGUUGCUUUGAAAUAUGUGUUUUUUUCCCUCUUAUUUUCCAUUUUACAUGUCUGCCAUAAAUGUUUUGCAUCAAUACUUAUUUGUUUGAUAACUCUACAAGAGUGAGUAGCACAUUCUCUGUAGAAUUUUUCAUUAUUGCUUCUCUGCUGUGAACUUUCAUAGAUCAAGCUGUGAAUUGUGUGACUUUUUGUAAAGAAGAAUCUGUCAUUUCUGACCCUGAACAUUAGAAGUGACCAGCAAACAGUGGUAGGAAUAGAUAAUAGUGUGUGGCUGUAACUUUUAAAUGGUCUCAGCCUUUCCUGGACAAGUGUUUUCAUUGUGCUUGCCGAGUUGGCAGGCAGAGUCCUGACAUGAGCAGACAUCUGCACAUGUAAGACUGGAUGGCCUCCCCUUCAAAACAACAACAACCAAAAACUCAAAACUACAAAAUAUUAAGGUAUUCCAAUCCCCCAAAAGAUAGUUUUAGUUGAAAAGACAAAGCACAAGUAUAUUAGUUUUGAUACCUAUUUUUUUCAGCACUCCAAAGAAAAAUUGGCGAUGUCUUUUUUAUUUAACAUAUGUUGACACCAUGUACAGAAUCUUAGAGUAACAGGCAGCUAGUUUCCCCAGGAAACUUUGAAUGUUUACAUUUAAACCCUUAGCCAGAUGCAAGUCCCAUUACUUCACAUGGGAUUAGGAAGUGUGCCUCUCCUACGCUGUUCAUAUAGCUGAGUCAAAGUGAAAUUCUAGUUUUUGCCUCUGUAGAGUGCCAAACAGACAGACUGAUAUCAUUGGCCAACAUCUAUAUUUUGAUGUAUGUAUGCUUUUAAAAAGCAAAAAGAACCUUCCAGUCCUCAUAACCGACUUCUGACAGAGGUGAUGUGCCGGAGGGCAGCUCUCUGGUCAUUUUGCCGGUGUGGCCUCUGGCCACUUCUGUUGCACGUUUCUCCUCCUGCUCUUUCCUAAUUCACCAAAGCUCUUCCAAGCCUUACUGUCACAAGCUUCUGGCUAUCACAGCACCACUCUCAUCGCUGUUCCCAUCAACCCUCUUUAGCCAGUACCGCUGUGAUCACAGCCAUGACCAUUUUUAUUAUCAUCAUCAUCUGGUGAAUGAAAGUAACAUCCAGAACCUGGUUCCUCUUGAAAAGAGCAUUUGAACAGUACAAAUCUUUACUUAAAUCCCAAGGUCACUACUCUGAUAACCUUGAGAUUCCUGUAAGAAGGAGGACCUGAAAAUCUUCUCUAGGCUGUUGGGACCACUCUGUGCCCUUUCCUUCCUGCCACCUGUGUGGGCAGUCAUGACUUGAACAAACAUCUGUACAUACAGGUUCUGGGCAUUACCUCACCUCUUCUAGUCACUAUAGAUGUGUUAUAAUUCAUGCAAAAAGUAGUUCUUUAAAGAGACAAGCAUUUAAAAUAUUUUUGAAAUCUGUGUUCUACUUAUGGUAUCCUUACACUUGAGAAAUAAAAAGGUCAGUAAUCCAUUUAAAAAAUAUCUAUUAUAUAGUGAGAAGCUGCAUGACAGAGUAGGUAAAGAGCUGGUUUAGGAAGAUUUGGAGUCAAGCCCUUCCUUUGAUACAUAGUAACUGUGUGAUCAUGGGUUAAGUUAUGGAACUGCUAAGUGUCCACUUAAUGUCCCAGCCAGUAACUCCCUAACAUUACAGAUUGCAGGUGUUGGAGGAAUUUCUACACAGGGGGUCCUUUUUUACUGAUGAAAUCUCAGGCCUGCACCUAUUUUCUCAAAAUAGUAUAAAAUAUUAAAUAAAGCUUCUGACACCACAGUAUUCUGAAUUUCAGGGGCAGUGACCAGUUAAUCUUUCAUAUUACCCUCUGCACUUUGGAGAAAUAAAUCAUAUCAAUGUGAAGUGAGAUUCCCAAAGCUCCCCCUAUAGACUAGCCUGGAACUCACUUUACAAGCCUUACUUUGUCACUAAUAUCUUAGUUGCCUUGAGCACAAUUUAAUUUAAUUUAGCUUUUUAGGAAAAAAAAAAAAAAACAAAACAAAACAUUUAUCACAAGUGGGAUGAUUGGUUCAUAUUAAUGUCCUUUACUCAGGGUAGUGUGCAAAAAGGAAUGGCAGGUACACUCAUCCUAUUGAUUGAUUAAGAACAAUUAGAUCUUUUUUGUAUUGAUCACUUUAUUAGGAGGGAAUAUUAAUGAUUAUCAAGUAGUACUGGAAAGAGUUAGACUUGGUACUUGACACUGUCAAGUUUAAAGUUUAACCAGGAAAUGCUUUACAUAUCUUUUUUUUUUUUUUUGAUUAUUGAAAAGUUAAAUUAUGCUUUUAACGAAGAUUUACUUUUCCUACACAAAAUUACACCAAGUAUUCCAGCAUCAUGCUUUAACUUUUAUGACAAUGGUAAAAUAGCUGAGGCAUGGGCAUGGGGGUGGAGAGAGGUAAGAAGGUGUACACCAGUAAGGAAGAUUGGCAUAUUGAAGAUUGAAAUCCCAUUAUACUGGCAUUUUCUUAUUUUUUUUUUUAACAAUGAGAUGAAUCAAUAAUUAAUGACUUUAUACUGUCUUCACUACUGUAGAAUUUGAAUCCAUGAGAAAUGGUCUAUGAGAUAUUCUCAGAGUAAUGGCUGGGGACCUUGAAUUAUAAGUUCUGAUAAUGAUUUUGGUUGACAUUUAUAUGAUACAGAAGUUGGCAAACAAUUUUAUCUACAUUUUCUUACUCUGAUUUGCUAUUUAAUUUUACUCCCAGAAUUUGCCUGGUCCUAAAUUUAGCUGACUUUAAAAGCUUGCCAACAUUAUUGACCAUGUACUACUUUGAAGUUUAUGAGUAAUAGCAACAUUUAAAAACAAAGAUUUAAAAAAAUAAAUAAAUAAAAUAAAAACAAAGAUUUAGUUGCUUCAGUGAUGAUGAUCAGGAUUGCAUGCAUACCAGGAGAUAGCCAUGUCUCCAUUCUAAUCCUGCCUCAGUCACCAGAACUCUAUUCUGUAACUGAGCCAUUCUCUACCUUUCAUUAUUGUUAAAUGGAAAUUAUAUAUACUGGAGCAAAUUCAUGUACAUAAAGCCCAAUGGAGAGGCUCUAAAAGCCUUUUAUUUAAUAAGAGGCAGCCUUUGUUAAAAGCUAAGAGGACAUCUGUAUAUAACACCAUUGGAGCUUUCCUGCCCUCUGCUGGAGGAAUACAGAUUUAGCUCCAACUAUGAAGAGUAUUUGCAUAGAGUUUAAGCAAUGAUCGUGCAAGUGAGUUAUUUGAAGAAAAUGAAUUUUCUUACAUAUAUAAAAGGAAAGAGUGACAAGUUUUUGUUGGAUUUUAAAAAAUAUAUAUUUCUUUAUAUAUAUGUAAAUAUUUAUAUAUAACCAAAAAUAUGCAGAAAGCAGUGCUCUUGAAAAGGUUAAUACAUUGGAGAUUAUAAAUAUGAAUCUGAAUGCAACUUUCCUAACUGACUUACUUAUAUUCGGUGUACUAAAUAGAGCCAUAAAACAAAAGAUUGAACUUUUUCUUAAGGGAAUGAGAGAAGUUUAAAAUUGGGAAGCCUUUUUUCAAAGAAUUUUCAGAACUAGAAGUAGCCUUCAAGAUGAUCUUUCUACCACUUAAUUUUACAGAGGAGAAAUUAUGUGCCAUAGAAUAGGAAUAACUUAAGCAAGUAAUGUUAGCCUCACAAGCAGAAAAUGUCACUUAUAAAAAAUGCUAAUGAAGUUUGAAACAAGAGCAAGAUCACCAUUGGCCAGCUGUCAAUAUAGGAAACUUGCCAACUGGAUUUUUUUUCUCUUUUUUAACCAAUGACUAAUGCCAAUGAAACUUGUGGUCUGUAUCUUUGAGUUGAGUGACAUCACUCAGAAUGGGGGGGAAAUCACUCAGAAUUAAGGCACAAAUAUAACAAUUUGUAUGAAGCAUGACGAGGAAGUGAAAGGAGAAACAUCCUCUUCCUUGAGUUUUGGAUGUGGUGGUGAAUGGAGGUUUAAGCAAGUGAGGCUUUCCCAAUUCCGGCCCAUCCCUUCUCCUGUUUGCUAUCUGUGGCUUCCCCAAGAGAAGUGGAAAGGAAGUUAGCCGUUCUCCCUGGUUUAUAUCCAUCAGUUGCUGUUGGCCUUGUCUGGCAGCUGCCUGCAAAGCUGCUCAGUGCACUUCAUUUCACAGGAGUGCCAGCCAGGGCUGGACAUAGUGCGUCUUCAAUAUUCACAUGGAAAGGUUGAUGACAGACUCAGCCAAAAAAAAAAAAAAAAGUGCAGCCAAUUAGAUGGCACCUUUGAGUUGUCUCACAAAAGAUACUUAGCUGAAUUCAACAAGGAAACAUCGAGCUGCCACUUGUUAACAACUUGCUUUGUACAAAGCUUCAUACUGAUGCUAGGGAAGGAUGUAAUUUGGAUAAUUUGUUGUCUUCACAUUCAUGAAACUUACAGUCUAGUAGAAUAGCGAGAUCUAGAUCAGUAGCUAUAAAACAAAUGCAUGCAAUGCUGAAUUCCUUCCUGUAUUAUUUCACAUGCAAAGAAAGGUGCUCUUUAGCAUUCUUUUCUGGGCACUGAGGGAAAUUCUCUGAUGAUGAGGGCCUGACCACCUUGCUGCCAUCUGCAUGUUUGGGUUGGUUUGUUGUUGAUACCAAAGUAAUUUUAUUUCUUCUACAUGAUAGCUUUUGCAAAAUUUUCACUGUUGUAUUUCAUGCCCAGGGCUGCUAGAUUCUCUUGGGGUUUGAUUAUUAUUUUCAUUAUUUUUAGUCCUUUGCUUUCUAAAUGUAUAGGGAAGGAGGUCGUGGUUUGCUUUUCAAUUCUUGUAACACAUUUUAAACAAGGAUAUGGAACUAAGUAAAAGUUAUGUUUAUUUUCCCUAUCUUUCCUCCUUUCCUACAAAUAAAUAAGCUGUGAUAGAUUUUGUUUGUUAUUAGUAACUGAUUUCUGUAAAACUAUGGGUCUGUUUAUUAUUGAUUUGUGAAGAGGGAUUGAAAUGGGAGGAAAGUUGGAGAUAUAUAUGCUGUAUAGCCAUUAUGCUGUAAUUUUUCCAUGCACCUUAUAUUGCAGAAAUAUAUAGGAAACAAUGGUGUAGGAGCCUGAUUAUUUAUUUUGAAAUAAAAUUGAAUGUUGGCAAACUGUAAGGUGCAUUACUGGAUUCUAAUUGCAUGGGUGAUUUGCAAAUUAUUUGGCAAGCAUUCCCUAUUUGGAAUUCUGCAAAAUUUGGUACUAUUAAGUUAAUUUCUCCAGAGAUGAUCCAGUAUAGACCACAGAGACCCAUGACAGCCAAUGAGCUAUAAAUCUGCCCACAUAAGCAUGUUAACAUUUGCAUAGAACUUUAAGAUUUAUAAAAUGUCUCUCCUCUGCUUCCCCUUCCCCACUAAUUCUGAGCUAGAUAAUACAAGUAUUAUUAUUCCCUCUUUUCAUGUAAGUAAACUCCAACUCAUAGUUCGUAAGUGACUUGCUCACAGUCACAAGGCAAGGAAUUGGCACAACCAGUGUUUGAUAUGCAAGUAUCCUGACUUCCAAAUUCAGCAUUCUUUUCAGUUCAGACUGCCUGGUUGUAUUGUACCAGAGGCCUUCUGUUGACAGGGCCUUGACUACAAGUUUCCUUACCCUUAAAAGAACCUUUUGUCCCACUGAUUUAACUAGCUCUUGGGCUGCCAUGGUAUAACCCAUGUUACAGACAACUUUGUGCUUCCUGUAAGAUGACAACCAGCUGAGUAACAGCAGCCAAAAAGUAUGAUUUAAAGAGGAAAAAGACCAUAUGAUGAAUAUAGAAAAGCAUGGAAAGAUUUAAAUGAACUGGGGAAGUAAGCAGGGCCAGGAAAACAAUAUCACAAGUACAACAUUGUAAAUUGAAAGAACUACCUCCCAUCAUGAAAUAAUGUAAAGCAAAUAUUGCAAAAUUUCAAAGAAUAAGCUUGGUCCCAAAGAAGACAUAUGAGAAAAUAAAUCUCUCUUAAUUCCUCUGCAGAAGUGGGAUGUUCAUAAGUAUGCAACACUGCAUUUAUCUUUGAUCUUUUUUGAUAGUAAUAAUCAGUUUUGAGGAUUUUUUCUCUUACUAUUUUUUUUUUCCUUUUAAAAAUGUUAUAUGGGAUGGUUUUGGGGGAAUGGAAGAGGAAGAAAUUUAGGCAAUGUAGGAAGAAACUAUAUUAAUAAAAUUUUGUUUAAAAAAAGGGAGAAAGGGAGGAAGCUCAAGGGAUUGUGCCAUUUUUUUCAAAAGGGCUUAUUAUAUCAUUUCUAACAGCCCCAUUUUACAGAUGAAGGAAUAAUCUCAGAAAGGCAAAAUGACUUACCUGGAGCCACCUUGCCAAAAAAAUGGGACUUUUAAGGUCACACAAUUCAAUCUCUUAUUUCACAUGAAGAAAAAAGCUCAGAACUGAUUUUCUCUGGUGUAGAAAGAGCUGGAUGCUGAGCCUUGGUCUUUUUGACUUAAACUCCAAUAAUUCUUGUUCACACAUUACUAUGUAGUUCACAGAUGGGCAGAAAAGAUGAGCUGGCAGAAGAGGGAAAUGUUAUGCUGUUGAAUCCCUAGAGUGUUUAAAUAUGCAGGUCUUUUAGCGUUUUUUUGAGAUCUCAAACAUGUAAACCAAGCAAUCUGCUUUUGAACUGGUGCAAAGGCAUCCAACAAGCCAUGCCUUGAUAUCCACAGGAUAGCAGUGGGAUUUGCUGGGCUUUCCAUCACAAACUCCCAAAGCAAAUCUUCUUGAAGAUGGCCUACUGGGCUACAUGAAUAGAACUACAAAAGCCACAUAAAGCAAAUGGUCCUAGAAAGGAUUAGAGGAAGUUGGUUCAGGGAGAGUCCUGUCUAGGGAGAAGAGCUAAAGAUACACAGUCUAUCAGUAAGUAGGAUGAAGGCAGAACCCUGGACACUGAAAAGAGGCAGCAUAGGGGAAGGGAAAGAUUACUGGGCUAGGAGUGUGGAGACCUGGCUCAUACUGAUGGCCCCCUACUAAUAAUAGGUAACUCAUCCUCUCUGGAUGUUGGCUUUCUCAUCAGGAAAAUGAGGGAGUAGGUUUCUCAGGGUAAAUUGGUCCAACCAAUCUGGAAAAUGAAUUUAAAAUUAUACUUCAAAAACACCACAAAACAAACAAAAACCAAUUUCUCCAUUCAUGCUAUUUAAUAGGCAUAUAGCCUAGAAAGAGAAAUUGGCAGGAAAGGUCCCAUGUGUAUAAAAUAUAGCAGGAAGGAAGACAGUAGGUGACCAUCAGUUGGGGAAGGGUUGAACAAACAAUGGUAUAAGUAUAAUGGAGUAUUCCACCCUGAGAAAUGAUGAACAUGAAGAAUUGAGAGAAAAUUGGGAAGGCAAUUAUAUGAACAAAAUAAACAGCUAGGGGAAUAAUUUAUAAGAAUCACAACAGUAAAGCUAAACAAUUAAAAACUUCAAAACUUUAAUCAUUGCAAUGCCCACUGUGACUUUAGAGACCUGAUGGUGAAGAAUUCCUACCUUCUUCAUUGUGUUUUACAUAUAAUUUCAGACAUGGGCAGUGCAUUUUGUUUAUACUGACUUUAUACUGAGUUCUCUUUUGGAGGAAAGGAGUCACUGGAAAGCGAGUGGUGUAAAAAAAAUUUUUUUAAAAUUCCUUUCAGCUUUAAUAUUUUGAUUUUACAAGUCUUAUUAAUAACACUUUCACAUUUAUUCCUUUUUUCUCCUCCAAAGCCCUUUCAUAUACAUCCAUGGUAUCAUUUGAUUCUAAUAACCUCACCUUGAGUUAGGUAAGCAGGAAUUAUUAACCCAAUGCUGCCACUGACCUGGGGCAAGCCACUUUCUCUCUCAGGUCCUUGUUAUCCAGGCCCUUCUUGCUGAAUAUUCUUUUUUCAGGCCUCAUUUUUCUUGAUGUCUAUGCAGUACUCGGGGAACUAGGUGUGUCCAAGUGGAUAAGUUUGCUGGGCCUGAAGUCAGGAAAGCUUAUCUUGAGUUCAUAUCUGGCCUUAGAUACUUACUGGCUAGUAUAACCCUUGAACUAGUCACUUAAUCCAGUCAGCCUCAGUUCCUCAUCUUUAAUAUGACCUGGAGAAGGAAAUGGAAAACCACUCCUGAAUUUUUGCCAAGAAAACAGCCAUACAUGAUUUAAACAACUGCACAAUAAAAUAACUUGCAGUGUUGACACUUCUCAUUGUCAUUCCAUAUACUUUCCUAUGUGGAUUUUCAAGACAUUCCCUGGUGGUUCUACCUGAGCCUUCCUCAAUCUCUUUUGCAAGAUUAUCAUCCAUGUCCUACCCUUCUGUGAAGGAAUACCUCUGGGCUCAUUUUCGCUUUCUCUGUCAAUCUCAUCAAUUCUUACCAGGUUCAACCAAAUCUACAUAGCCAACUCACCAAAACUUCAGUCUGCCAUCUCCCAGCUAGCAGUGUACCUCUCUGUUUGCAUGUCCCAUCGGUGUCCUAAAUAUUCAAAACAGAAUUCAACAUUCUUCCUUUUCUUGUAGCUGAUCAUCUUACACAGGACUGACAGCAUCUCUGUUCCCUAUCCAAAUAAUCACUCAAGUCAGUUCUUUACUCUUUGGUCUCCUUCACUCCGAUUUGCCAAGUUUUAUCAACUGAACUUCCACCAUCUCUUUCAUCCUCUACAUCUUCUCUCCAUUCACAAAGCUAUCAUUCCAUUUGAGGUGUUUAUGGGUCUCCUUGCUUUGUCUCUCUUCCAUUCUGUCUCUUCCAGUUACCAAAUUGAUAUUGCUAAAACACAGGCCUGACCAUGUCACAAAAUUUUUUGCUCAAGAAGCUUCAGUAGUCUCUUAUUGCCUUCUUGUUUGGCAUGUAAAACCAACAUGGUUCUAAUUUAAUUUUCCAGACAGAUUUCAUAUUCCUUCAUUGUAGGCACAGAUUUAAAGCUGGAAGGGACCUUGGAAGUCCAAUCCCCUCUUUUUACAGGUGAGCUGAGGCAUUCAGGUCAAUGGGAUUUGAACCUGUCUUCCUGACUGCAGAUCCUAAGAUCCAGCACUUCCUCUGACACUAAUCUAAAUGCUGCCUUUGAAUUAAAUGAUCCUGACAACCUAAUUUAUUUGCUGAUCUCUAUAAACAUUCCAUCUGGUGCCUCUGCUUUUGCCUAGGCUGUCCCUUAAUUCUGGAAUGUCCAACCUCUUCAUCUGCCUCUUGGGAGUCCUAUCUUCUAUAAAAAGACAUUUUCUGAUCCUUUCAAGCCCCACUCCAUUAGUGUUCCUUUGCCACUCCCCCAAUUUGUAUAAGAAUUUAUAUUUAAUUUGUUAUUCUUCCCCCUUCCCCAAAAUGUAAGCACUGUAAGGGGCAGAACUGUUGUUAUUUUUGUAUCCCCACGUCCUACUGCACUUUAAAUAAAUGCUUGUUAAACUGA